AUGUCGUCGCCCGCCACUAACUUGAAUGGAGGGGGCAGCAGCUCCACGCAAGGUUAUGUAGACCCCAAGAAGUACAACAAGUUCAAAAACGACGGAUCGUUUUUGGCUCAGGUGCUAGCGCUCCAGAAAAAAAAAAAAGUGAGGAAAGUAAAGGAAGCCGAGAGAACAGACGGGAAAAAGAAGAAGUCCAGGAAGACGCCCCCCCAUCAAGAGGAGGACGGAAAGGAAAAGGAUGCUAAAGAAAAUGAAGAGGAUGAGGAAGAUGAGGAAGAUGAACGAGAAGUGGCUAUAAAAAAUGAAUACAUUGAAAAGAUUAACAGAAUGAAAGAGGAGGGUCUUUUCACGGACAAAGGAAUUGGCGCUGGGAUGGUUAAGUGA